AUGUCCUCAGCACAGGGCAAGGAUGUAUCGGACUACCAUAUCAGCGUGGUCCGAGCUCCCCCGGAUUGGGAGGUUUGGGUGUUCGUGGCUGGGUUCCUCCUGUUGUUGGCGGUGGCAGGAGUCAACCUCUGGAAGUUAUGGAAGUCUGGCACCUUUCCUGCACCCUCACCCUUCCCAAACUUUGACUACCGCUAUCUACAAGAAAAAUAUGGCAACUCCUUCUCAGAAGCGCGGCAAAAGAGAGUGGUCGCCAACAACCACAGACGGGCCUCCGCCUCCACCAACCUGAGUCGUAAGCCCAGCCUGCAGCUGGUGGACACCCCGGAUGGGCUGCGGGAUCUGGGCCACCUGGAGCUGAUGAGCCGGGACCUGAUGGACCCUGCCGCUGGGGUGGUGCCCUUCAACCGCUCCAUGUCCACCGACUCUCUCAGCUCUAUUUCCUCCAUCGGCAACAAUUUUGGGCACGACUACACAGUGGGGCAGCUGGAGGUGACCCUGGAGUACGAGGCCCGACCAGGGCCUGGGCCGGGGGUGCUCCACAUCGCCCUGCACCAGGGCAAGGACCUGCUGGAGAAGGAGGAAGGGGACUUCCCCGGCUGCUUUAUCCGGGUGACCUUGGUUCCUGACGAACUCAACGUGGGCGUCACCAGGGUCCAGAGGAAUGCUUUCACAGUCGUGUUCGACGAGCGUUUCUCCAUAGCCCUGGAUCCAUCUUGUUUGGAGGAGAACAGCCUGCGCUUCGCUGCAUUCGGCAUCGACGCGGAGGAGAGGAACAUCAGCGCCGGCCUAGCAGAGCUCAAGCUGUCGGACCUGGACCUUUCUAUCAGACCCUUCAAUGCCUGGCUCUACCUGCAAGAUGUUAACAAGGCCGUGGAUGCAGUUGGGGAGAUUCUGCUGUCCCUCAGCUACUUGCCCACCGCUGAGCGCCUUACAGUGGUGGUGGCCAAAGCAAAGAACCUUGUGUGGACCAAUGACAAAACCACAGCAGAUCCCUUUGUCAAAGUGUACCUUCUGCAAGAUGGCAAGAAGAUCAGUAAGAAGAAGACCUCUAUGAAAAGAGACGACACCAACCCCAUCUUCAACGAAGCCAUGAUCUUCUCUGUGCCUGCUGUCGUCUUACAGGAACUCUCCCUGAGGAUCACAGUGGCGGAGGGCACCGACGACGGCAGGGGCGAGAACGUGGGUCACGUGAUUAUCGGACCCGAGGCGAGUGGCAUGGGCAUCACCCACUGGAACCAGAUGUUGGCAACACUGAGGAAACCUGUGUCCAUGUGGCACCCUCUGCGGAGGACCUAG